UCUCUUGCUCUCUCUCUCUCUUUCUCCCUCUCUCUCUGCUGUUGCUGAACUGCAGCUCCCACUGGAACUUGCACAAUCAAAAACAGCUCUUGUCUCAUACACCAGUGAAUCACAUCACCUGAAGAAGAAGAGGAGCAAAAAGAAUGCACUAGCCUGGUUGCUUAUAGAACACGAGGAGCACAUCCAGAGGAAAGGCAAGGAUUUAUGUGAGACCCACUUAGCCGGAGCUUUGCUGCCUGCGGUUUGUGGGCUGUCACUGGAUUUUAUAGGAGUUUACGUUUAUGCGUUUGAGGAAUGUUUAAGCACAGCUGAUCGCCUAUUGCACCCGAAAGCUGGCAGAGGCUGCUGCUGCUGCUGCUGCAGUAGCUGUUGCAGCAGGAUGAAUGUGUGACAGAUCGUCGCCUGGGCACUGCUUGUGAAUCUCCAGUCCUACUCGGGCUUCAUUAACUGUCUGGAGAAGAGAUACUGAGGAUCACAGAUGCACUAACUAAGCAGGUGCCACACUGGAUCUAUCACUGUGUACUCCUUAUUGUGGAAAAUGGUCAACAAAGACAUGAAUGGAUUCCCAGUCAAGAAGUGCUCAGCCUUUCAAUUUUUUAAAAAGAGGGUACGGAGAUGGAUUAAGAGCCCAAUGGUCAGCAUGGAAAAGCACCAGAAUACCAACCUCAAAUACACAGGGUCCACUGUGAUGCACAUACCUCAAGGGGAGCCAGAACUUGAGUCUUCACUAUGCCAGACAUGCUUGGGUGACCACUCUUUUCAACGAGGAAUUGUUCCUCAGGAGGCAGAGUCGUGUUCCUGGGAAAGCCACAGAAGUUGCAAAAUGAAGGAGUCCUGUAACAAAGGAGACCUGCUGGCUAAACCUGAUCCAAGAACCUUCUGGAAUAGAGCUGACUCAGCCUCUGAUGACGCUCCACAGUGCAAGCCCUUGUGGUAUGCAAAGAAAGCCAGAAUUUGCACCAAUACAGCUUACUUCGGAGAAAACUCGGAUGCUCCCACAAAUACUGGUAAUGGGGAAAACCCUAGAGUCAUCAUUCCAUUUUGUUGUGGGAGAUAUAAAAUAUUCCUAAACUCCUCCAUUUCCAGAAGUGUGGAGUGACAGUCUACAGGGCUUGAAACAUAACAAAAAACAAGUUAUCUCUUUGCAUUGGAACAACUGGUCUGAUAAAUUUGGCUGUGGAAAUUGAGAGUUUGAUUUUCAGACUAAAGAUCAGAAUGGAACAAGUCCCCUUUGCCUCCCCCCACCCACCAAACAUAAGCAGAGCUCUCAUUUGGCAAACUAUAUCUUUCAACACAGUGCUCUAGUCCAAUGAAAUCUGUUUCUAUUGCCAAUCUGUCAUAUUUCCAAAACACUACCAUUUCACUUCUCAAACUAACAGUUUGCUUUUCUGAUUCCCUAGGACACUUUUUUUUCUUCAUACUUUCAAGUCAGUGAUAUCCCUUUUCCUAACCAUGCAUUUGGGUGCUAUUUUUUCCAUCAUUUUCUCCCAUAUUUUUAAAAAACAAUUAAAAUGUAAUAAACCAGAUCAAAUGCCAUUUUGAAUCCAGAUUUUGUAAUUUAGGAAAGUUAAUUAUUUCAUAUUUUAAUUAAUUUGCUCUUCAUUCAUGCAUUCAUGCAGACCAACAUGGUGGCAGAUCAAAGGUCUAAUGGAGUUUAAGUGCAACGACUAUAAAGCUUUUGUUGUAUAUAAUAGUUUGUUCAUGCUAAAAAAGAAAUUCUGAUAGAGGUGUGCAUGUAAGAGAGAGAAGUGAUUUUGAAUUUGCAGCUUCAGGGGGUUUUAGGAUGUGCCUCAUGCUGAUCAGCUGUUGAUCAGUUUUGAGCAAGGCUUGAAGUGAGCCAGAAACUGUAGUCUGGAAGUGAAGUUCUUUGGAGACUUGUCAGUUUCUAAACAAUUUAGGUUUUUAUUUGAAAAGUUAUGGUUUUAGCCAUUGUAGUUGGGAGGAAAAAAGUGUUACAGUUAUGUGCCAGAAGUAACCAACUCAAUGUUUGAGUCUACGGACAAAAAGCUCAAUCAAAGGUGUCAAUUGCCCCAUUCAUCUCAACUGCAUGUUAACUACUUAAUGCAAACAAGUAUCAGAGGGGUAGCCCUGUUAGUCUGUAUCCACAAAAACAAGGAGGAGUCCGGUGGCACCUUAAAGAAUAACAGAUUUAUUUGGGCAUAAACUUUUGAGGGUAAAAACCCCACUUCUUCAGAUGCAUGGAGUGAAAAUACAGAUACAGCAUAAAUAUACCAGCACAUGAAGAGAAGGGCUCCCUCUAAUUUUCACUCCAUGCAUCUGAAAAAGUGGUGUUUUUACCCACGAAAGCUUAUGCCCAAAUAAAUCUAUUAAUCUUUAAGGUGCCACUGGACUCCUCCUUGUUUUAAUGCAAACAGUUCAGAUGUUAGAAUUGUUAACUAUUUCACUGCUGAGCGCUUUAGUAUAAACAUCCAGCUAGCAUACUCAUCCAAUGUGAUAGGAUAUGUCAUACAAAUUAGAGAUUGAAAGGAUUUAUUAGGUCAUUUUAACCAGUCCUUGAGGCCACAUAAGGAUUUUUCCUUACGGCCAGUCCUCUUGUGCUUUUCCAGUCCAGCUUUAAAUGUCCCACUAUCUUUGAGAGCCUGUUCUACAGCCCAAUAUACCUUACAGCAUAAUUCUUUCUCCACCCUGUUUUUUUACUUUCCCUCCUAUUAUCCCUUAGGACUCUGAGGGUGUGUCUACAUGACAGAGACUAUACCAGCAUAGCUAUGCUGGCAUCUGCCCAUAACAUAGAUGAAGCCUGCACCGAUGGAAGGAAUUUUUCUGUCUGUGCAGGAAUAUCACCUCACCAAACAACAUGAGUUACAUCAACAGAAGCAUUCUUCCAUUGACAUAGAGCUGCAUCUACACUGGGGGGUAGGUGAGCAGAGCUAUGUUGGUCAGGGGUGUGUUUUUUUCCACACCACUGAUUGACUGUCACAACCAAGAUGUAGACAGUCUGACCUACUGGUCAGAGAAGGAGUCAAGCCAGGUCAGAUACUAGGAGGUCAGAGUCCAAGAAAGGCCUGAGGGCAAACCGGGAGUCAGGCAUCAGUAAGCACCCAGAGUCAGAUUACCAGAUCAGAAUCUGAGACAGGCCAGAGGGCAAACCAGGAGCCAGAUGCCAGGAAGAAGUGGGCAGGGUCAGGUUACGAGGAGAUCAGAGUUAGGCAGUAGGAGCAGGUACUGUAAGGGAAGCAGUCCAAAACAGCGGGAACCCAGCUGCAUAGACAACUUCCUGUUCCUAUGCUUGGUUUAAAUAAGAGCUGGAAACCUGUCUGGACCUCCAGUGUUCCAUCAAUCAGAGCCCAGGACUGGAGUCCGCCGUCAGAGUUCAGCUUCUAUUCUGGGAUCUGUUAGCAGGUCACUGACUGGCAGGUUAGAUGUGCCUAGUGCCUAAGAACUCUGUGGAUUGGGGUUCAAGACCUGCAGUCCCUAAGUAUAACUUUCAAGUGUAGACCAAGCCUGCGAUGAAUGGGAAGGAAGCACCAUCUAAGGCCUGGUCUACACUACAGACUUCUGCCAGCAUGACAAAGGCCUUGUCUACACUGCCACUUUACAGUGCUACAACUUUCUCGUUCAGGGGUGUGAAAAAAGUUUCAGUGCUGUAAAGUGACAGUGUAGACUGUGCACCGGCACUGGGAGUUACUCCCCUCAUGUUUCAGAGUAGCAACCAUGUUAGUCUGUAUUCGCAAAAAGAAAAGGAGUACUUGUGGCACCUUAGAGACUAACAAAUUUAUUUGAGCAUAAGCUUUCGUCAGCUACAGCUCACUUCAUCAGAUGCAUUCAUGGGGGUGGUUUUUUUACAGGGCUGGGAGAGCUCUCUCCCAGCACUGGUGCCACGACUACACAGCCCCAUUAAAGCGCUUAAUGUUGCUAGUGAAGACACCUUAAAUCAGGAGAAAUUGUAAUUCUUUGAGCAACGUAGCUGAGCUGGCAAAAACUCUUAAUACAGAUGCAGUUUUACUGGCACUUUACCAAUAUAGCUGGUUUUGUUGGGUGUGGGGGGUGGGAGUGGCCGAGGGGGAGUUAAAAUAUUGGUCAAAGCACAGCUUUACUAGUAUAGCUGAGUUGAAAAAGGAGUGCUUUGCCAGAGUAGCUGUACCAGUAAAGCAGUCCAUUAGGGUGGAGAUAGCCUAAGGGAUUGAAGGAAGGAGAAGAUCAAAAAACAAGCCUUCUGGGGAAUCAGCAGCAUGUGGGAAGAAGGGAAGAGAAAAGAAGUUGCCAAAGAAGAUCGUUUAGAGCAGGGGUUCUCACAACAAAUUUUUUGGUGGCUUCAGACUGCAGCCACCAACUCUUGCUGGUGGCCGCACUGACACUUUUUCCUAAAAUUAUUUAUUUUUCGUAAAGUUAAUAAAGUAAUAUGCACAUAUAUACAUCAUAAUCAUUGUAAUUUAUUUAUGAACGGUUUUUUGGUUUUUUUUUGCAGACUCAGUAGAUAAAAAUAAUGCACAGUAUUCCCUAUUCUUUACUGGACCUAACAGAAUAGAAACACAAAUAAAGUGCUUUACACGUUUUUAGUUUUUUCAUUAUUGUUUCUUUUGCUUUUUUGGUAAAAGUGGUUGUCUGCACAACAAUUCUGAAGUAAAUUUAAAAAUGCUUUGAAAUAAUAGAAGUCCAAAUAAUAAUGAAAAACACAUCUGGGCGGCUUGGAUCUGGGGAAGGUGUGGAGGGGAGGGGAGGCACAGCUGCGGCUGGCCCCGGGCUCCUCUGGGCAGGUGCGGGGGCUCAGGGCUUCAGCCGGCCCAGGG